UGUCUAUGCUUCCGAAGACAUUUCUGCACACGAGCGUGACGUCACGUGAUCAGUAGGUCAUGUGACACAGGAGAAUCAUCAUGUGACCGCUCGUCUGCCUGAAGCACAAACUUUCAACAAAUCUAUCAACAAUAAAAUAUCAGCUUUUCCUCCACACAAUGAAAUAAACACACACUGCAGCUAAUGUAACUUGAGAUUGCUGAAGAUCAGAAGAAACAUGGCGCUUUUGCUUCAGUGUCUGGGUCUGAUCUCUGGUCUGAUCUCUGCUGCUGUCUCUGUGCCACCGAUAGGAACUCAACCUGAGCAGGUGCACAUCUCAUAUCCAGGUGUUAAGAACUCAAUGGUGAUCACGUGGUCCACCUCCAAUCAGACCGAGAGCGUCGUGGAGUUUAAUCUGUGGGGUCAAACACUCUUCAGUCACGAGAUGAAGGGAAACUACAGCGUCUUUAUUGAUGGAGGACCAGAGAACAGGACAACAUACAUUCACCGGGUCACGCUGUCUGAUCUGAGACCAGGGGCAGCUUACGUCUAUCACUGUGGCAGUGACGCUGGUUGGAGUGAUAUCUUCUCUUUCACAUCUCUGAAUGAAAGCUUGAGUUUUAGUCCCAGAUUCGCUCUGUUCGGUGACAUGGGCAAUGAAAACCCUCAGUCUCUGAGUCGACUGCAGAAAGAAACUCAGAUGGGGAUGUACGAUGUUAUUCUGCACAUCGGUGACUUUGCCUAUGACAUGCAUGAGGACAAUGGCAGGAUUGGUGAUGAGUUUAUGAGACAGAUCGAGUCCAUUGCUGCAUACACACCCUACAUGACGUGCCCGGGUAACCACGAAUGGUCAUAUAACUUCUCUCACUACAGAUAUCGCUUCAGUAUGCCUGGACACACCGAGAAUCUCUGGUACAGCUGGAACAUUGGUCCUGCUCAUAUCAUCUCAUUCUCUACUGAAGUUUAUUUCUAUCUGGAGUACGGUUUGGAUCUUCUCUUCAGACAGUACGAGUGGCUAAAGAGAGACCUCCAGGAAGCAAACAGUCCUGAUCAGAGAUCUGAACGUCCGUGGAUCAUCACUAUGGCUCACAGACCAAUGUACUGCUCCAAUGAUGAUGGAGACGACUGCACUCGCUUUGAAAGCUAUGUUCGGCGUGGACGCAAUGAUACAAAACCCACCGCUCCUGGACUGGAGGAUUUAUUCUAUCAGUAUGGAGUUGAUUUGGAGCUGUGGGCUCAUGAACACACGUAUGAACGACUCUGGCCUGUAUAUGAUUAUAAGGUGUAUAAUGGAAGCUUUAAAGAACCGUAUGUCAAUCCUAAAGCACCUGUACAUAUAAUCACAGGAUCUGCUGGAUGUCGAGAGAAACAUGAUGGAUUUAUUCCUAAACCUCGCUGCUGGAGCGCUUUCAGAAGCACAGAUUACGGUUACACACGAAUGCAGCUGAUCAACUCUACACAUCUUCACCUGGAGCAGGUGUCUGAUGAUCAGUAUGGUAAAGUCAUCGAUCAGAUCAUGCUGGUAAAGGAAGUACACGGACCGGACGCGUGGCUGUAAAGAUUCAUGACCCACAACAUCAACGCUCCGUCAACAUCUUCAGGAUCAACCUCAGGCAAUUAAACCUCUUUUGGGAUUUUAUGGGAACAGAUUUGAUUUGUCAGUUAAUGGAAAGACUUUAAUGGAGAGAUUUUCAUUUUUUUAAUCUUUGUUUAUUUUGUUGAACUGAAUGAAAGUCGUGAGAAAAUUCAAAUUCCUUGAUGAUUUAACUUUAGAUAACUGAUCUACUUGAUUUCUUAAACGAUCAGAUGGUUUCAGAUCAUCAUCAUCACAUGUCUCUAUAUAUUCUACCAGUUACCUAAGGAGCAAUCCCAGAAUGCAUUGUGACACGCUUAUAAAGCUGCAGCCUAUAUACAGCAAUUAUUUCAUUUAAUGAUGAUAAAAAGAGUUCAAUCUAAUAAACAAGGAGCAUUUGACCUGAUAUUGCUGUAUGUAUUUUGUACUUGAGUAUCAGAUUAUUAGCUUAGCAACAUGUCAACAUGUCAAAUUCUGCAGAAGUCAUGGAUUAGUUCAAGUUUUCUCUGAAUCGAUCACAUUUGAGAUCUCAUUAUUGAUUAGAUGUUGCUGUAGACAUCACAGCUGGUCACUCACUUGUGUUUAAAAUAAAUCUAAUCUGUCUCUGGAAAUGACCAAUGACAACACAGUUUUUCAAUAUUUUACUGUGUUUUUACCUCGACUUAGACCAGUUCAUACGUCCCUAUUGUUUUUCAAUGCAUGCAUUUCAUCUUUGUACAGCGCAUCGUAAAUGUGUUAGCAUGAAGCCUAGCCCCAUUCAUUCAUUAGGAUCCAAACAGGGAUGAAUUUAGUAAUAAGGUAAGAACAUACUGUAGUAAAAUAUUGAAAAACUGUGGUGUUUUUCUUUAAAUGUGUCAGUGAACUUUAAUAAAGUCAACUUAAAUAAUAUGAUCAAUAAAAGCUGUGCCUGUUUUCCCAGGGUAAAGUUUCUUUAUGAAUCUGAUCUUUCUGUUGUGGUCUACAGGGACAAACUUUAGUGAGUUAGAUUAUAGAUCAGACAGAGAGAGAUUUGUUUUUUGUUUACUGUAGGUUGGAAUAUUAAAGCUAAAACACGGGAUUAAGAUGUAAGUAUUAGUAAAUGUUUUUCAGAAUCCUCAGGGAAACCAAAGCUCUAAAAUGUGUUGAGAUCGUUUUAAAUUCAUUCUUUUUCUUUUAAGACACUUUGCACUUUGUUCACCUUGCAGAUGUAAAACCAAAGUAAAAUUUUUGAUCAACCUU